GCUCCACAGUGACUGACAGGAGGAGGAAAUAUUCUAGAAAGGGAGGUGCCCAGAUGUAGGAGGGGUGAGUCUUCUUUCACUUUUCCUACCACCACAGAGCACACCGAACAGCACAGCUGGAGAGGAUAGCCAUGGCUUCAAAACAAAAGUCUUCAGUGCAGACUGAGGGAUCCAAGAAGAUGUUGAAACAGGAGACAGGAGAGGAGGACAGCUUCCGUGCCACUGCCCAGGCUCUCAGAGCAGCUCCUGCAGAUAAGCACAUCAUCCAGGUGGAUCCCAAAUGUCCACUCAGCCGUAACCCCGGAAUCCAGGUCCACGAAGACUAUAGCUGUACCCUAAACCAGACCAACAUUGGCAAAAACAAUAAUAAGUUCUACAUCAUUCAGCUGCGGGAGGAGGGAGGCCGAUUCAUCUACUGGAAUCACUGGGGAAGGGUGGGAGAUGUGGGCCAGAGCAAGAAGAAUGAAUUCGCCUGCCUGGAAGAUGCAAAGAAGAGAUUUUUGAAAAUAUUCAGGGAGAAGACCAAGAACAAAUGGCAGGAUCGAGACCACUUUGUGACCCAUUGGAACAAGUACACACUUAUAGAGACUCAAGAGGCUGUAGUGAAGGUGGACAGAGGCCCUGUGAGGACUGUGGAUAAGCCCUGCUCCCUAGACCCUGCCACUCAGAAGCUUAUCAACAACAUCUUCAGCAAAAAGAUAUUCCUGACUCUAAUGAACGAGAAUGACGGGAAUAUGCCCCUGGGAGUGUUGAGCAAGCGGCAGAUUGCACGGGGCUUUGAGGCCCUGGAAGCUCUAGAGGAGGCCUUAACACACCCCACAGGUGGUAGCCAGAGCCUAGAGGAACUGUCCUCCCACUUCUACACUGUCAUCCCACACAACUUUGGCCGCAGCCGGCCUCCGCCCAUCAACUCCCCUGAGAUUCUUCAGGCCAAGAAGGACAUGCUGCUGGUGCUAGCAGACAUCGAGCUGGCCCAGACCUUGCAGGCAGCCCUUGUGGAGGCCGAGAAAGCAGAAGAGGAGGCACACCCACUGGACCGCUGCUAUCAGCUCCUCAGGUGCCAGCUUCAUCUUCUGGACGCUGGGAGCAAUGAGUACAAGGUAAUACAGACCUAUUUGGAACAGACCAGCAACAGAGAUAGAUGCCCAGCUCUGCAGCAUGUUUGGAAAGUAAACAGAGAAGGGGAGAGAGACAGGUUCCAGGUCCAUGCCGAACUGUGCAAUCGGAAGCUGCUGUGGCAUGGCACCAAUGUGGCUGUGGUGGCGGCUAUCCUUACCAAUGGGCUCCGAAUCAUGCCACACUCGCGUGGUCGUGUUGGCAAGGUUAUCUGUUUUGCCUCGGAGAACAGCAAGUCAGCUAGUUAUGGGAGGGGCGAAGGCCUCGCCAGCCUGUUCUGUGUGGAAGUUCCCAGCAGGGUCAGGUGAAGAGAGGCAAGGAGAUGGGACCAUCAAGGGAACCUUCUCCAGAAAGCCACGGAGAGCCCAGGUGCUGUGCCCACCAACGAAUCUCAGUGGCUGGAGCAGGGGAGAGAGUGGCAGAGGAGUGGGGACUGGGAUCUGUGUGCCAGUGUGUGUGUGUGUGUGUGUGUGUGUGUGUGUGUGUGUGUGUAUCUGUCUGUCUGUCUGUCUGUCUCAAUGGCUCUGCCUCUCUCUCCCUCUCUCUAUGGCACUGGCUCUGGCCCCAAGGCUACAGAAGUGAGAGAGAGAACCCAUGAGAUUGGUGUGUAAGGCAGCAUGGUAACAUGUGGAAGAGGGUCAAAGGGGUCUCCAGUGACUUCCAAGUUCAUGGUUAAAGCAUCCUCACUUUAGUGACCUUAUCAGCCCUGGCUGACCGCAACACUGGAGGGCGCCAUCACCUACCAUUCAAAAAGACAAGGGAGGGUCUAACAAAAAACUAAUGGAGCUGAAGUUCUUGGUGAACCAAGAGGCCUGCCUAGAGGACAGAGUAUUCCAAGAAAGACUGGCUGUGGGGCCUCAAUCCAAAGAGUCCACGGUAGGACCUGAGGGAUGCCAGUGACAGAGUGAAGAGAGUAGGCCAAGGAGAGUGGCUCCUUCCCAGCUCCCAGGCCUGUAUGCCAUUGUUGACUCCUUAGCUGAGAGCCUGUGUGCGGGGGUUGGGGGGUAUAAGUGUUAGGGGGGAAUGACAAGUGACAGGGUGGCAGCUGUCAUGGGAGGGAGCAGGCCGGGAUGAGAUGUGCUGGAAGAUGGCAAGUGCUUCCUUGGACUGCAGGAGAGAUGGGGUUGGGAGCCUGAGCUGCUCCCUCCUGCCACUGAGCCUCUGCUUCCUCUAGUUACUCCCAUGUCCUGUGAGGGCCACCAGGUGGGCUACAUGUUCCUGAGCGAGGUGGCCCUCGGCAAAGAGCACCGCAUCACCAUGGAUGAUCCCAGCUUGAAGAGUCCACCCCCUGGCUUUGACAGUGUCAUCGCCCAGGG